UCCACCAUUUUUGCAAUGCACUUUCCAAGAGUUCCCUCCGCUAGAAAAUCCUGCCCCGUGAUGGGUAAAGCUUUCGGCUUCAUUUUUUGCGCUACGUUCCUUUUGCUCGGACAACCUAAAUGGACAGACGCCAGUGAAGGGGAUUUCGGCCAAAAGAACAGUGUCUCUCUCGGGGCAGGGGGCAAAGAUGUACCAAUGAUCUCCGUGACAACUAUUCUGGAAGACCCUUACGUGAUGGCCGGGGGUCCCGAGUUAGAAGGCUACUGCAUCGACCUGUUGGAAAAGCUGUCGGAAAUGCUUCAUUUCAAGUACAAAGUCAGCAUUGUGAAGGACGGGAAAUACGGAAUUCUCGGGUCCAACGGGAACUGGUCGGGCAUGAUCGGAGAAGUCGUGAGGAAGGAGGCUGACCUGGCCGUAGCUCCCUUGACCAUCACGUCGGUCAGAGAAGACGCGGUGGACUUCACCCAGCCAUUCCUGCACACCGGCAUCGGCAUCCUGCUUGAGAAGGAAGCAGCCCUGGAGGAACCUUCCCUCUUCCACUUCCUGACCCCUUUCACCAAGGAGACCUGGGGCGGCAUCCUCCUGGCUUACCUGCUCUCCAGUCUGUGUCUCUUCUUGGCUGGAAGAAUGAGCCCUUCGGAAUGGAAUGGCCAAGAGAACGACUUCACUUUCCUAAACAGCCUCUGGUUCAGUGCUGGAGCGCUCACCCUGCAAGGCACCAUUCCUCAGCCCAGAUCCCUUUCCGUACGGGUCAUCUCUGCCAUCUGGUGGCUGUUUGGCAUCGUGGUGCUGGCGGCCUACAUCGCCGGCUUCAGCUUCGUUUUGGAGUCGGCCGCGGACCACAUCUCCAUCCAGAACUUCGAAGACCUGGUCAAACAAAGGCAGCUGGAAUUCGGGACCAUGGAAGGCUCCUCCACGCUCCAAUAUUUCAAGAAUUCCAAGAGCCCAGUCCAGCAGCUGGUUUACGAAUCCAUGGUCAAAAAGGAAUCCGUUCUGUCCAAGAGCUACCAGGAAGCCAUUCAGCGAGUGCUGGAUUCCAAUUACGCCUUCAUCGGAGAAUCCAUUUCGCAAGAUCUCGCCGUGGCCAGGCAUUGCAACUUAAUCCGGUCUCCGGAAGUUCUGGGCCCCCGAGGUUUUGGCAUCGCCACCCCAAAAGGAUCCCCCUGGACCAACAAACUUUCCGUGGCCAUCCUGAGACUCGGCGAAUCCGGAGAGCUGGACUAUCUCCGCAACAAAUGGUGGGAGAGCAGCUGUUCUCACGAAGACCACGACAAAUGGAGUCCUCUGAAGCCCCAAACUCUGAGGGGGAUUUUCCUCUUCCUGGCGCUGGGUCUCGUCUCCGGAAUGCUGGUGGCCGCGCUCGAGCUGUCCAAGCGAAGCCGUCGCACGGCCCAACACGAGAAGAGAUCCUGCUGUUCCGUCUUCACCGCGGAGCUGAGCCAGCGGUUCCAGGCACGAGAAAACAAGAGGCAGGAAAACGCAGAAAAAUCCAAGGCGUGAGAAGAAACAGGGCGGCCAAAUUUUCAACGAACUAUAUAUAUUUUUUUUCCCUCCUCCCGUCUUUUUCCUUUCUUCCCCCCUCCCCCCUUUUCCUCCUAUGCAUUCUGGUUUUUUUUUUUUUCCCCCCCGUAUUCUUUUUU